AUGUUCACGCCACUGGAUUACGGCAACUUUGGAUACCAAACCUUUACAUUUUUGUUGUCGAUGUUUAUUUUGAAGCGCGUGGCUCCAUGGAAGGACCCAAAUCCAAUCGCCUACUCCAAUUUUUCCAUCGUUCUGGCCGAUUGUUUCCAGCUAUUUUUCUACAUUCUCCACGACUACUCGGUCCGGGUUUUUGAAGCUGAAACAUUUGGUGACUUCGGUAUCUGGCUUUUCCUAUCCUUUUUAAACGUCAAAUACUGGUACCAAGUGCUCGUUUUCUACGUCCUGCCUAUCCUACAUCUACUGGCAAUUUUCAAACCUGGCAGCUAUCGUCAAAUCGGGACGAAGGCCUCGAUCUUGAUUCUGAUGGUACCGUUAAGCUUGAGUUUUGUACUCCAAGGCGUCUACCUCGUCAUCUGUGACUGUAGCGUCUAUGUGAUACCUGGGUAUUACGUUGGGUUGAAGCCGGGAAAAGAAGCGAUUUACACAGUUUGGUAUAUUUUGGACAUGACGAUAAAGGGCCCUAUGUUCGUGUUGUUGAUCGUAGUCGACCUGAUCCUUAUAUGUCGGCUUUACAAGAUGAAAAUCCUCGGUAAAAAGAAUGUGAAAACUGUUCAAGAAGCGAACAACAGCACCACUCAAACGCAACCCAACGGAAGUAAGAUCGAUCUACCAAGAGCCAGAAUUAUCCAGAAGCCUCAGCCCUACGUCACGGCCGUCAUCUACAACAUCGAGCUCACCAAGUGCACGAUUUAUGUCCUGAUCGUGACGCUGAAA